AUGGUGACAAAACAUUCGUGUGAACCAUUCCGAGUGCACUGCUUUGUUUGUUCUCUCGAGUCGAAUGUGUUGACUUCGGAAUGGAAAGAUACGAGUAUGGAAUACGUCGGGGAACACCUCGCCGCAGAUCUUCGCGAAGUGAAAACGACAGAGCAUCUGCUGGGUUUGAUGAAGAACUUGAAACUCAGUAUCGAGCAAAAGGACGAGGAAAUAGAGCGUAUUUGCAAUGGAUCCUACGAGGACUUCAUUUCCUCAUUUCAAGAGUUUGUUCAGCACCGGCGAGAGUCGGAGAAGGUCCGCGAGGAACUAGAGACAAUCAUGGAAAUGUCCAAGUCUUCAGGGAGAGAGAUCGUUUUAUUGGGCAAGGAAGUGGACAAGGCGCAAGUGGUCUUGGAGAACAUCGAGAAGGCAAUGACCACGCUUUCUUCCUGCUUGCCCGUGCUCGAGGCCUACUCUCGGCUCGAGAAGGAAAUUUCGCAGAAGGACUACUUCAACUCGCUCAAGAGCCUGGAAGCACUGGAAUCUGAUCUGUUGCCGAAGCUGUUUCCUUACAAUUUCGCGUCCCAGAUGCGACAGAGAUUGCCAGUGCUGAAGCAAGAGAUCAAAACUGCGGCUCAGUCCGAGCUGAAGGACUAUCUGUUGAAUGUGCGUCGGUUGGCGCCGAAGAUUGGCAGGAUAGCCGUGGAUCAGGCUGUCAAGAGCAGCGACGCGGUCGAGGAAGUCGCCGCGCAGAAUAUGGUGGACCUGACGCCCGUGCAUCAUUGCCUCCACUUGUACACCUUGCUUGAGAGUCGACAAGAGUUCAUCGACUAUUAUCGCAUCCAGCGGAAGAAGCAGGUGCAGCUCGCUUUGGAGCCUCCUUCAAGCGACCUAGUGUCGCGAGCCUUCCUCACUAGCCUGUGGGAAGAGGCCCUGGCCAAGAUCAAGCAAACGAUAGGCAACGAGGCGUCUGUGUCGACGGAUCUCACUCAGAUGAUCCGCAUCAAGGAGCUCAUUCUGACCUUUUGCCACGCACUCAAGGGCUUCGACUUGCAGAUCAAGGACAUGAUGGUAAUCGUGUCGGGCAUCCAGGACCACUACAUUUCCCUGCUGAUGAAGAAAUUUGUCGAGAUCUUCCGCGUCAUCUUCAACGAGGACGACUACCAGCCGAUGGAGGUGAGAACGGAGGAGGAGUGGCGCCGACUGGCGGACGCGUUUCCGGUGGUGACCGAGACGACGGAGGGCCAGACAGCAGUGGCGGCCACCAACAAGUUCCCACGAAAAUUCCCCUUCUCGGCCAUGGUGCCGAAGGUGUUCGAGCAGGUGAAGCAGUUUGUCGACGAGUGCCUGGCCUUCUCGUCGGGUAUGGGCCUCAAUAUUGCCCAGGUGCGAGACGCCAUCCGCAAGUGGACCAAGGACCUGUUGUCGUGCACGCUGUGCGGCUGUCUCUGCGCCCUGCUCAAGAAGCCUACGCUCGGCCUCACGCACCUCAUGCAAAUCUUUGUCAACAUGAACCACUUGGAGGAGGCGAAACAUCACGUGGAGGCGUACAUCGGCGCCGUGACGGGCUGGACCGGGGACGCCGCGACUCUGGACCGCAAGGACAUGUUCAAGGAGGCGUGUGCCGAGGCCGAGCACCAGAUCUACGAGAAGCUGCGCGAGAAAAUUGACGAGUUUGUGGAGCUGAACUCGUACGACUGGAUGCUGGACGAGGCUGAGGGCCACGCCAGCUCCUACAUGCUGGACCUGGUGGCUUUUCUCGAGAACACGUUCCAGGCCUUUGUGAAUCGGGGCCUGCCGCUCAAGGUGGGCACGGCGGCCUGCAUCCACGCUUGCCAGCACAUUGGCCAGAAGAUGCUGCCCGUGCUGCUCGACCCCGGGAUCAAGCAGAUGACCAACGGCGCUCUCAUGCAAUUCAACAUGGACGUGCUGCAGUGCGAGCAGUUCGCGUGCUCGGCGCCUAUCCCGGGCAUUGACGAGACGGCGCUGCUGUUGUGCUUUGCCGACGUGCGCCAGAUCCUCGACCUGUUCACGGCCUGGGACUGGUCCACCUACUUCCACGACGUGGGCAAGGAAAAGAGCAAGUACUUACGAGUGUCGCCGCAAGUGGCCCUCAUGCUACUCGAACGCCUCGAUCGCGGCUCUGAGAAGAAGCCACUCUUCACGUCGCUGAAGAAAACGGAGCGAGACAAGAAGAAGCUGAUGGAGGCUGUGCAGAAGCAGCUGAAGUACUUGUGCAGGUCGCAACAGCAGGACAACCACUCGGCAUCCUAA